GCUAGGAAAGCACUAGGGACAGGCUCUGAGGCUACCGUCGCAAAAAGAUGAACGUUCAACAUCUCACUCUCGUCGCCUCAGAUUACUACCUACUUCAUUAUUAAUACCUUAUCGCUCCUCUCAUCCUCCAUUCUCGUAAAGCCAUACCUUGAACAACCAAAUAUUUAGCUUCGGUCAGAAUUCUUGCCAAUGAAUCGGUAACAAGCAAUUGUCUUUUCGGAGCUCCCUUGAGGCGAACGCAGCAAUCAUGGCUGGAACUGGAUUAUUUAUUCUACUCGCCUUAACGGUACGUUCGCCAUUGUCCAAUCCCAUGCUAACCAUAAUUACGUUCUUUCGAGAUGUAGGUAUGAUCGCUAACAUAUUCUUCGUUUAUUUUAGGUUGUUAUGGCAUUAGCCUCCUUUCUUGCCGGCGCACUACCACUAUCCAUGUCCCUAUCGCAAUCGCAACUUCGAUUGAUAUCAAGCAUCGGCAUAGGCAUACUCGUGGGCACGUCUUUGGUAGUUAUAAUACCAGAGGGGGUCGAGGCGAUUACUGAAGCUUCAAUUCCAUCGCAUUCUCAGAAUACCAGAAGUCUACAUGGUCUAGGACAAAUAAUGGCCCCCAGAUGGGCACAAGAUCCAGACACGAUACCGGGCGACGACAUAAAAGCCCCCACCGGAAACCAACACGCCGGUGUUGAAGUUCCCACUUUCUACAUUGGCCUUUCUUUAAUUCUAGGGUUCAUCCUUAUGUUUCUCAUCGAUCGACUUCCUCGCCAUGCGUCGGAAAACUUCCAACCGCCCCCUCCACCCAGACAUAUCAGCCUGAGCAAUUUGGGUGGUUCGUCCCUCUCUGGUGAUGAAGACGAGCCCGAAGGGUUCCUUGGUUCCUUAACGCCGACGCCAAAACAGUCAAGAAGUCUGGCCACUACUACAGGACUAGUUAUACAUGCCGCGGCAGAUGGUAUCGCGAUGGGAGCAUCGGCCACUUCGCCGGAUACGAAGCUAGGUUUUAUUGUGUUCGUUGCUAUAAUGGUACACAAGGCACCCGCAGCCUUUGGUCUUACUUCCAUCCUCCUAAAGCAAGGCCUUUCUAAGCGUGCGGCCCGAGGACAUUUGAUUGUGUUCAGCCUGGCGUCUCCAUUUGGCGCAUGGGCAACGUUCAUACUCGUUAGUUUCUUGGGCGGAGGCGGCGAGGGUCAGUUAAAUCAGUGGUGGACUGGAAUGUUACUAUUAUUCUCAGCGGGAACAUUUCUUUAUGUUGCCAUGCAUUCUAUGCAAGAAGGCGACUCACCUUCCGGACACGACACCGGCUCAAUCCCCAACGGAUACGCUGAUGGGAACCAGCGAAAACAUGUCCAUCCUCAGAUGAGGGAAACACUGGCAACAGUGAUUGGAAUGUUCUUGCCUCUUCUCACACAAUUCGGCCACCAUCACUAAAAAUUCUGUGAGGGGGAAAGAAAAGGUCGGUUCGUGUUUCUGUUUUCCUGAAAAUCUGUGUUGCCACAAAGCUAUAAAAGGAGUCGGGAUCUUGGGAUUGGA